GUUAUUUGCUAAAUUUCCCUUCCCACAAAAUCCAUAACGUCUCUUUGAUAUACUAAUAUUUCUAUAUCUAUAACGUCUCUCUUUAUAAAGUCUCACCAUUUCUGCGUUUUAUUAAGCUUCAUCUUUUACUAUUCCUCUAUCACCAUCUUCUUCUUCUUCUCACUCUGUUCCAUAUACAAAAAAAAGAAGCUUAUGCUUCAAUCAAAGAAAAAAGGCCUUUUACUUUCAAUGGCAUCACCAGCCUACAGAACUCCAUUGUUAUCCGAAUCAUCAAGCAAAAGCACAAGCAGCAGUGAAUCAGAAGAAAGCCCAGAAACAUCGCGAAGAUUUCAAGAUUUCCAAUUAUUAGAUCUUCAAUUCAAGAUUUCAAGAAUCCCCAUUUCUUGUUUCCACUCUUACAAAUCCCUUGCUGUUCUUUCAGGCCAUGUAGGAACAGUUUCUUGUUUAGCCCUUUGUGGGGAAUUCAUCCUCAGUGCUUCUCAAGGUAAGGAUAUUAUUGUUUGGCAACAGCCUGAUUUACGACAAUUUACGAAAUUUGGAACAGGGGAUGGCUCUGUUAAAGCACUUGUCACUGUUGGAAACAAAGUUUUCACAGCACAUCAAGAUUCAAGGAUUCGUGUAUGGAAGGUUUCGAGAAGAUCUGAAAAUGUUUUCAGGUUUAUUGAUACAUUGCCCACAACAAAAGAUUAUCUUGGGAAUUUUAUGAAACAGAGUAAUUAUGUUCAGACAAGAAGACAUCAUAAGAAAUUAUGGAUUGAACAUGCUGACAGCAUUUCUUGUUUAGCUGUUUGUAAUGGUUACAUUUAUUCUGGUUCCUGGGAUAAAAGUUUGAAAGUUUGGAGAAUUUCUGAUCUGAAGUGUUUGGAGUCAAUUAAAGCUCAUGAUGAUGCUAUAAAUGGAUUAGUUGCUAGUAAAAAUGGGGUUGUUUAUUCAGCUUCAGCUGAUGGAAAGAUUAAAGCUUGGAAAAGUGGUGGUGGUAGUACACAUUCACUUAAGGGUAUUUUGGAGGGUCAUAAAGAUGUUUCUUUGAACUCUGUGGUGGUUUCUGAAGAUGGGGUUUUUGUCUAUGGUGGAGGGUCAGAUGGGUAUGUGAUGGGGUGGGUAGGUAACAAGAAUCUUGAUAGUUGGAAACUGAUAUGUGAAGUGAAAGCACAUGAAAUGGCUGUUUUGUGUAUGUGUUUAAUGAUGGGUGAAUUCUUGUGUAGUGGAUCAGCUGAUAAGAGUAUUUGUAUAUGGAAAAGGGAAAUCAAUGGAGGGUUGUUUAAAUUUGGUGUUAUUAAAGGACAUGAAGGACCUGUUAAGUGUUUACAAGCUUCAACAGGUAGUGUAGGGGGUGGAUUCAUGUUGUAUAGUGGAAGUCUUGAUAAAAGUCUAAGAGUUUGGUGGAUUCCAAAGUAUGAUGAUAAUGAUGAGAAAAAGGACUCAACUCAUCUUUGAUCCCAAAGUGAAAAUUUUCUCAAGUUUUUUGUCAGUUGAAGAUGCACUGUUGCCUCUUUGUUUUUUGUUUUUUACAGUGUGGACAGUGCUUAUAGUUGUUUUUAUGAAGUUAUACUGUGCAUUUGAAAGAGUUCAUUUUUCUUUGUUGUUUAGUGUUAUUGUGUGAACUAUACUACCUCAAAGGAUAUCUGAGGUUGAAUUCGUUGUUUUGCUGAUAGGCUGAGGAAAAGGCAAAUGAUGUUUUGGAGGAAAUGCA